AUGGCCGGAGCGGCGGCGGCGGCGGCGGCGGCGGGAGCAGCAGCGGGGGCCGCGGCGGCCGGCGCGCCGGUGGCCCCGGGCCGGGCCUCUGCGCCCCCGCCGCCCCCGCCGGUGUACUGCGUGUGCCGGCAGCCGUACGACGUGAGCCGCUUCAUGAUCGAGUGCGACGUCUGCAAGGACUGGUUCCACGGCAGCUGUGUUGGAGUAGAAGAACAUUACGCUUUUGACAUUGACCUGUAUCACUGUCCCAACUGCGCAGUUCUCCAUGGCCCCUCCUUGAUGAAGGAGAGGAGGAACUGGCACCGGCACGACUGCACAGAGCCCGACGACGGCUCCAAACCGGUGCAGGCUGGGACCAGAACCUUCGUGACCCAGCUACGCUCACGAGUCUUCCCAAGUGCCGAUGAAGUCAUUGUAAAGAUGCAUGGCUGUCAGCUGACACAGAGAUACCUGGAGAAGCAUGGAUUCCACGUCCCCAUUAUGGUCCCGAAAUUAGACGACCUAGGACUCAGGCUCCCCCCACCUACUUUUUCUGUUACAGAUGUGGAACGUUAUGUAGGUGGUGACAAAGUGAUAGACGUCAUUGACGUGGCGAGGCAGGCAGACAGCAAAAUGACACUUCACAGUUACGUUAAAUACUUCACGAACCCUAACAGACCAAAAGUGUUAAAUGUGAUCAGCCUGGAAUUUUCAGACACAAAGAUGUCUGAAUUGGUGGAAGUCCCUGAUAUAGCCAGAAAACUUUCCUGGGUGGAAAAUUACUGGCCAGAUGAUUCAGUCUUUCCUAAGCCGUUUGUUCAGAAAUACUGUUUAAUGGGCGUUCGAGACAGCUACACGGAUUUCCACAUUGACUUUGGUGGCACUUCGGUCUGGUACCAUGUCCUCUGGGGUGAGAAGAUUUUUUAUUUAAUAAAGCCGACAGAUGAAAACCUGGCCCUCUAUGAGUCUUGGAGCUCCUCAGUGACCCAGAGUGAGGUGUUCUUUGGAGAGCAGGUGGAUCACUGCUACAGGUGUGUGGUCAAGCAGGGACACACCUUGUUUGUUCCCACAGGGUGGAUUCAUGCUGUGCUCACUUCUCAGGACUGUAUGGCUUUUGGGGGGAACUUCCUGCACAACCUCAACAUUGGCAUGCAGCUCAGGUGUUACGAGAUGGAAAAAAGGCUAAAAACACCAGAUCUUUUCAAAUUCCCUUUCUUUGAAGCCAUAUGUUGGUUCGUAGCCAAAAACUUACUGGAAACCCUGAAAGAGCUGAGAGAAGAUGGUUUCCAGCCUCCGACUUACCUGGUGCGGGGAGUGAAAGCCCUGCACACUGCUUUAAAAUUGUGGAUGAAAAAAGAACUUGUGUCUGAACAUGCCUUUGAAAUUCCAGACAAUGUUAGACCUGGACAUCUUAUUAAAGAGCUUUCUAAAGUAAUUCGAGCAAUAGAGGAGGAAAACGGCAAACCAGUUAAAUCUCAGGGAAUUCCUACCGUGUGUCCAGUCUCACGAUCCUCAAAUGAAGCAACUUCCCCACACCAUUCCCGACGGAAGAUGCGGAAACUUCGAGACCAUACUGUCCGAACUCCUUCUAACCUCGACAUCUUGGAGCUCCACACGAGGGAGGUCCUGAAAAGACUAGAGAUGUGUCCGUGGGAAGAGGACAUCUUGAGCUCUAAACUGAAUGGAAAAUUCAACAAACAUCUCCAACCGUCUUCCACGGUUCCUGACUGGAGAGCGAAAGAUAACGACCUGCGUUUACUGCUGACUAACGGAAGGAUAAUUAAAGAUGAGAGACAGCCCUUCACAGAUACAAGUCUUUAUACAGCAGAUAGUGAAAGUGAAGAGGAUAAAAGGAGGACAAAAAAGACAAAAAUGAAGAUAGAAGAGAGUUCAGGACUAGAAGGGGUGGAGAGCGAAGAACCCCAAACACCACUUAACAGGUUUUUUACAAGUGUGAAGUCAGAACUCAGGAAUAGAUCAUCAGAAUAUUCUGAUAUUUCUGAUUCAGAAGACUCUGGACCCGAUUGCACUGCACUGAAAAAUAAUUUUACCACUGAAGAGUCUGAAAGUUCAGGCGAUGAGAAGAAACAGGAAAUCACGUCCAACUUUAAGGAGGAGUCUAAUGUGAUGAGGAACUUCCUUCAAAAGACCCAGGAGCCAUCUAGAAGUGAAAUUCCAAUUAAAAGGGACUGUCCUACCUCGACCAGCACAGAGGAAGAAGCCAUCCAGGGCAUGCUGUCUAUGGCAGGGCUGUACUAUUCCGCCUGCUCCCAGAGGCCGGUGUGGAGUGCAGACAAUGCUGCCACAGAGAGAGACGCAGUCCAGGAUGCCAGCAGCUGCCACAGCAGUGACCGCGAGGCCAGGCCACUGUGUCGUUUUGACAAACCCGUGGGGUGUGGACACCAGGUUAAGACUGAAGAUCAAGGUGUGAGGACCUCUUCUUGGAUUAAACAGUUUGACACAACUUCCAGAUUUAACCCUCAGGACCUAAGUAGAGGCCAGAAAGGCAUCAAGAAGGAAGGCUCCUCGGAACUCCUCCAGAGGGCACAGAGCAGGAACCACGUGGACAGUAGCGGGUCGGGCCUUCCAAGCGGGAAGUGUGCGCAGAACUCAAGCUUGGUUCCGGGGCCCUGCCAGGUCAGCAGCGGCAGCCUCAGCCCGGAAAGGCCAGGUGGUGAAACUUCCUUGUCAGUGCCCCUCCACCCCACCAAGAGACCUGCGUCGAACCCACCACCUAUCAGCAACCAGGCAACUAAAGGUAAACGUCCAAAAAAAGGAAUGGCCACAGCCAAACAGCGUCUCGGGAAGAUCCUCAAGCUGAACCGAAAUGGCCACGCCCGCUUCUUUGUGUGACGUGGCUACUGGUGUGGCCACUCUUCCCCGGAGCCCGUGGGGACAGGAGCCUGGCGCUGGCCGCCCGCCUGAGAUGCGCAUGUCCAGUAGAGAACACUGCCCGGGAACAAGUGACCCGAUGCUGCAUUUUCACUGUGCCACACCCACUCAGCAAUAACCGCUCGGACCUGCUGGGGAGAAGGAGGACGAGGGAGAACCUUAAACGAGACCUUGAACUGGAAAGGGCCUCGUGUCAGGGCUUGAAUUUCAUUUUGUUGUUGGUAGUGUCUUGAUUUAUUUUCAGUGGUAAGGUAAAGAAUUAUCGAUAAUUUAUUUAACAGAUUUUUUUUUUAAGUUAACAGCCUUUAAAUUCUUUCUUUUUUAAAGCUAUUUAUUUGGAAGAUUUUUGGAGAAAUAUCUCACUAAUUUAGAUUUAAGAAUGUGAAGGUUUUUAAAUUAUUUUUGAUAGCGUGUGUGUUACAUGUGGGGAAGAGCCACGGUAACAGUAACUAGUCUGGACUCUUAAAUUUGCUAUUCAGGUUAAAGUCUUAAACAGGGAUUUGAUGCAUUAAUUAUUUUAAAUUAAGAUGUAUAUGAAAAUCAUUUUAUUUUAUAUAUUUCAUGUGUUUUUUAUAAGCUAUUAGCUUCGCUUUUGCUAACUUCCAAGGUGCAUACUGUUAUCCAGGUCUAUUCCCUUACACCCCUUCCCUCUGCACCCGCCACCGUCCUGCCGGACCCAGCAGGACUCCUUUUUGCAGGAAAAACACUUUCAUAGCCAGCAUGUGAGAACCACGUAAAAGAUUCCACGCAUCUCAUUUCGUUUGACCUUGCCGUUUUCUCCUAAAUACGAAAAAUAGGCCUCUGGCAUUUUCAUUUCUGCUGAUGAUACAUGGGUCCCAAAGAGAACAGCUUUAACACCUUUUUCCUCCUUGUGGGAAAAGUAUUAUAAGUUUGGUUAAAUUGUCAUGUUUAUAGUUUUUCAAACUACAUUUGUAACGACUACAGUAGACCUUCUUUAUAGUGCUGGUAUGGGGGGAUAGGACUGACACCUGCCGCCUAGGCUAUACUUUGUGACACUUCGAUGCGGUGUACCUGACUUGGUGGAAGAUAUGAGUUGACUUGGUAGAAUCAAACCUGCAUAAUAAUAUGCCGUAAUAUAAUAGGAUUAUACUCUAUUAAGUUGUAUAGAAGCAAACACGUUGGAGUAGAUCUUGUGUGCGUGCGUGUGUGCAGUUUUUUGUUUCUUACCCUCUCAAGAAUGAUUUAAGAUGUGGAUUUGGAGUGAAAUGGGUGCUUCUUGCAGUGUCUUCCAGCAGCCCUGACUUAACCGUGUGCAUUGCGGUUACAGUCUGGUUGAGCUUUAGGGUAUCAUCGAUCUCCUUGAUACAUAGUUUUUACUAAAUGCCAGUUUUCAGUUGCUUGUAAUAGCUUCCAUUUUCCUCCCGCACCCCUGUGGCUUAAAAAUAAGUGCUUUCUGAGUAUAGAGUCUAGAGAUGACACCUGAUUCUGACUCUACAGCAUUUUAUAAGUUCCUACAAAGAACAUACAGGCAAAUAAGAUUAAAUUUAUUUUUAUGGAGAAGAAAUAGGGCCAUACUAUGGAUUUGUCUUUUUGUACUCAGCAAGGUGGCUGGGUUUUCCCUUCUGUAUUAAACAUCCCCUGAAGAGGUAGGAAAGAAAAUCGAGGCCAUCACCUUCCAUGGUUGUAUCCAGAUACGUGUUUUCAGAGAGAAAUAGUUCCUACUCUGUCUCCAUUUCAGUAUUUCAUGGAAUAAAUCUCAAAUAGCUUGUGAGUUAAUUAGCUUUUUGGCCCGGAGUGACCUGGCUGGCUCUGGACCUUAUCUGGUGUCAGGAAGAAGAUUCUCCAUAGAAACGCCAAGUGUGUAAAAGGCCUGCUGGACCACUGUCUGCACGAGGCCAGAACGCGGGGAGGGGACCGUCAGCCUUUUGAUUGGCCGUCUUCUCUCGCAGUGUCCAGAAUUUGGGUCUGACUGAUCUCACCCACCUUCCCCGUAUACUGCCUCACUGUGGUGUUUUGGUUUUACGUAGACACUGUUUUAGCAUUAUGGCACACGUUUGUUGUUCAGUUGUUUUGUUUUAAGAAAUAACCAUUUCUUUUCCUAGUACAUCAUGAUCUGGGUUCUUUACAUUAUUCACAGCUCUCAGUAUUUCUAGUUAUCUGACUUUUCUUCCUUUAGCCGUAAAAAUGGAAAUAAAAAUUUAUUUUUAUGGAUUAAAAUUGUAGCCAGUAUCCACCCUGUGUACUCAGGUCGGUAAAUGCUAAUUUUGAGUAGCCAGUACAUGGAAUUUUCAAGUGAAGGUGCUGUGGAUUCAUCUUUGGCAGUUUUAGCCCAUUAACUGGCUGAGUGAGAAGACUUGGCGUAAGGUAACGUAACCACUAUCACAGAUUAUACCUCUUUUCUGAGUUGGUGGAAAUGCAGCCCUGGACCUGGUGACUCUCCUAGUCAGACUUUCCGGAGUCUGGCUGUGAUGUGUCCUUUCUUCUCUCAUGGAGAGGACUGGGCGUGGAGGUGACGGCAGUGUCUGGCUGGACUGUGAUAGAUGGCCUUCCGUCUGUCCCUCAGUCGCAUUUGUAAACAGUACUACCACACAGCACAAAAGGAAGACAGCAGGGACAGCGUUUCACCAGUUAUAAGCAAGCACAUAUCUGAGCUAAGAAUCCUGACUUAGCGUAUGCAGUUCCAACAGUAGCAGUAGGUAACACUUGUCCUGUAUUCUAGUGAGCGACUUCUGUUUCCAUGGGUCACUGUACUGUAACUCACAACGUCACAGAAUCUUACGCUGCCCGGUACCGAGUAAUAAAUUCAACAGUACAGAAGCGGCAGUUUUAUAAUAGCAUAGCAUCCUAUAAUACAGUGAACUUUUUAAGCAUUAGUUAAUUUUUAAAGCAUAUAAAAUUGGAAAUUAGCACCAAAAUCAUCUUAUGAACUCAGAGAGGAAACACACCCAUUUUUAUCACUAAUUAAAUACUGAGCUUAAAUGCUGUUCUAUUUUUUAAUCCUGAUUAAUUGCUUUUGCAAUGAACUCUUUUGUAUUGAUUCAUUUGAGAUCUGCAGGUGCUUGUCAGAUACCCACCGCGUGCUCAGAACAGGUGCCCAGCACUACCCGGUCUGCGGAGGGUGUGGAGGUGAAGCCGUAGCCUCUCCCUGGGAGGCAUCUUCUCCAGGAGAUAAGCAGUAUUUGUUUCACGUUCAUUCAUUAAAAAAAAAAAAAAAACAAUUUUAUUAGUACCAACUA